GGACACAACAACCCCAUCACCCCUUAUCCAAGAAUAAGAGUAAUAUAUCAUCCCAUAUUGCUCCUUUUCUUCUAUUGAGAGAAAAACAUGUUGUCACUAGGAGUAGUUUUGAGCACCUUCGUGGUAGCAUUGGUUACCAUAUUCAUAACUCAUUGGGUUCGCAAAUGGAGGAAUCCCAAAUGCGAAAAUGGUGUUCUUCCACCGGGUUCCAUGGGCCUCCCUCUCAUCGGAGAGACCAUUCAGCUCCUUAUUCCCAGCCGAUCAUUAGAACUCCAUCCCUUCAUUUCUAAGAGAGUCCAGAGAUAUGGGUCGGUGUUUCGAACUAAUAUAGCGGGUAAACCGGUAGUAGUAACAACCGAUCCAAAAUUCAAUCAUUACAUCCUUACGGAAGAAGGGAAAUCGAUUGAACUAUGGUACUUGGAUACGUUCACAAGCAUGUUGCCGAUAUAUGCAGUGGGCAAUGUUCAAAAGUACAUAAGAAACACUACUUUGAGUCGGUUUGGCGUUGAGGGCAUCAGAGUGAAUUUGCUCUCUCAAAUCGAACAAGUCAUUCAGACAACUCUACGUCAUUGGUCUACUAACCAAAUUGUUGAUGUCAAACAUGACGCUGCAAGUAUGAUUUUUGACUUCACAUUGAAGCAGUUGAUUAGCUAUGAUUGGGAAAAAUCAUCUGAGAAACCGCUAAGUAAGAGAUUUUCUAGCUUAUUACACGGUCUUUUCUGCCUUCCCUUAGACAUUCCCGGUACUACAUUCCACCAAACAGUGAAGGACCGAAAGGAGAUGCUAAGCAUAAUGAGGGAUGCCAUAGUGGAGAGAAUGAAUUCCCCUAACAAGAUUCAAAUGGACUUUCUUGAUACAGUCAUGGAAGACUUGAAAACUCGGAAGUUUGUGACUCCCGAUUUCCUAUCCAACUUUAUGUUUGGAAUUUUAUUUGCGAACUAUGAGCCCAUCACUUCAGUUAUACUAUUGAGUUUGAAGUUACUCUCAGAGCAUCCUUCGAUUUUGGAGGAGCUAACAGCUGAAAAUGAAGCAAUCAUUAGAAAUAGGAAGAAUCCAAAUUCUCCACUUUCAUGGGAAGAAUAUAAAUCGAUGACUUUUACACUUAAUGUUGUGAACGAAGUUCUUAGGUUGGGAAAUGCAGUUCCAGGGUUGUUAAGAAGAGUAACAAAAGAUAUCAAAUUCAAUGGAUAUACAGUUCCAGCGGGCUGGGCCAUUAUGAUUGUUACUUCUGCUCAUCAACUGAAUCCAGAAGCUUUUAAGAAUCCAGUUAAAUUUAAUCCAUCACGUUGGAAGGACCUUGAUCCAACUGUGAUAUCAAAGAAUUUUAUGCCUUUUGGAGGGGGGACGAGACAAUGUGCAGGAGCAGAUUACGCUAGGGCGUUUGCAUGCACCUUUCUACAUGUAUUGGUCACCAAGUAUAGUUGGACAAAAGUCAAGGGAGGAAAUAUUUCUCGGAGACCCGUUUUGGAUUUUGUUGAUGGCCUUCAUAUCAAAAUCACAGAAAAGAGCAACUGAAUGGGAUAAUAUUUCAGAGAAGCAAAAACCAGUUCUGCUUUAUAGCCUUACGUGCACUAUUUUUUCUUGGUUACUUUGUUUUAGUUUUUUCGUUAUGUAAUUCAUACUGUUAUGUUGUUCAAAACUACAUACUGUUCUGAAAUGGCUACCCCAUGUUUGUGAUAUGUAUGUAUACUUUUCAUUAA